AAUUAUUAUGUGAUUAUUAAUAUCAUAUGAUAUGAUAUUUUAUAUGAAAUAAUGAUAUAGUUUUAGAAAACAAUUGAAAUUAAACUUUUAUGACAUUAUAGUUGUAGUGAUGAUUGAUAUGAUAGUAUAGAUUGAAUGUCUAAGUAAUGGAUGUAUUGUUUUAUCGCGUGAACCGAUACAUCGGUAAAAGCAAUUCAUUGCAAAUCAUAGUAUUAGCCAUUGCUAUACAUUCGUGUAUUUCAAUUGUUAUGAUUUAUAUGCAUUUACUUUACUAUUUUGAUACACAUUUCAGCAAACAUCACUUACAACACAAUCACUCAAAUAUUGGCAAAAUAGCAGUCAUGACCACUGAUGACCAAUUGACCAUCAAUUUGAUUGACAACAAUAUCAUCAAAUCUAAUGAUAUAUCAGACAAGGGUUGGUUCAAUGAUCACUCAAAAUGGGAUCAAACCAUAAAUUGUUUCAACAAUUAUUGGACUCUUUGCUCUAAAGUAAUGUCUACUCAAUGCAAACCAGACCGAAGUCGAGCCAUCUAUCAGUUCACACCAAUCAGAUAUGAUAUAACUUUAUAUGACUUACAUAUUAGUUUGAGAGCCAUUUCAGAUCAGCUCAUCCAACAGAGUAACGACGCUUUCUAUGGGAUGUUAGUGUUAAUCAAAUUUACUGACACUUCUCAUGAGAUCAUAAGAUUACAAUUUCCAUCAGAACUGGAGUUAUGGACACAAAAGAAAGUUCGCUUUAAUAAUCACAACAAGAAACCAAUUGAAUCGAUAACAUCAAUGCUUACAUGUUAUGGAUAUUCAGGAACUGUCUCUUUCACUGAUAUUACAAUAUCACCCAUUUUUGAUAAUAAUAAUUAUGAUAUAAAGUCAAGCACUCAAAUUGGUCGGUGGUGUCAACAUUUAGAUAAACCUUUAAACAACAAAAUGAUGUUAAAAUAUGAAGUAAUGGACAUCAAUUUAAUUAAAAGCAAUAAACUUCAAACAAAAUCAAAUAUUACUUUUGUGACUCAAUCAUCUAUGGAUAGAUUAAUAGUAUUAGAGCGUAGUCUACAGUCAUGGACAGGUCCCGUCUCUCUAAGUAUUUACAUACCAAUCAACAAUUUGAAUGAAGGCAUACAAGAAUGGCACAGGAUUUAUAUAACUAAAAAAUUACGAAAUUUGAAUCUAACGGAUGACAGUAAUGUAAAUCUUGUGGUUGGACUUGAAGGAGACGAUUAUCCGAUAAAUGCUUUAAGAAAUAUAGCGAUAAAACACGUUAAGACAAAAUUCAUGUUCAUAUCAGAUGCAGACUUUCAGCCGUGUCCUCAAUUCAAUCAAAGAUUUCUAUCAAUAUAUUUAAAUAAUAAAUAUAAAUCGAAAACUCUAUUUAUUAUACCGGCAUUUGAAUACUUAGAGGCGCCUCAAAAAGACGAUCCCAUCCCUAAAAAUAAAGAAGAAUUGAUGCAAUUAAUUCAUAGACAAACCCCUAUCGUUCAACCAUUUCGCCAAUUUGAGUCAUCAGAUGCGCACCGGUUGACAAACUAUUGGAAAUGGUAUUAUGCAACCGAUACCUAUCCUGUAAUGGCAUUUCAAGAUAAAUAUGAACCAUAUAUUGUAGUCGAAAAAACAGACAAUUUUCCUGAAUUUGAUGAACGGCUAAAAAAUUAUGGUAUGAAUAAAGUGAUGCAUACGACUGAACUUUUUGCUAACAAUUAUAAAUUUGUUGUUAUGCCAAACGUAUGGACCAUUCAUUUGCCUCACAAGACGUCACAUUAUUUUCAGACAUUCUUACAAAAUGUUGAAACAAAGCUUAUGAAUAGAGCCGUUAGGUUUCAAGUGUUAAGAGAUAUCAUUGAUAAAUACAAAAUCAAUAUUUAUAAUUGUGAAUGA